AUGAAUUUCAAAAUUUUGCUGGUUUUUUGCAUUUUCUUGUUCGCAUUUGUUGUUGCCAGGCCCGAAGGAGACAACGCUCCAGAUACUCCUGAUGAUGAUCCCAUUCCAGAUGAUCCAGAAGAUGUUAUUUUGAGGGAAGCUAUUAGACGACCAAUUAAAUCAGGCAGAAUUACCAGAGGACAGAGAACAAGAAUGAAGAUGAUGGGAAAUCUUCCAACAUUUGUAAAGCCCUUUAAUCGAGAUUAA